AUAACCGCCAUAAUGAUUUUAUUUUAACGGAAAAAUUCAAUCGUAAACUGACGAAGCGUCGAAGCACUGUCAUGUCGUGGUGUUAACUUUUCUACGUAAUAGCGUAGGUCGUAGGAUUCGUUAAUCGUUAAUCGUUAUUCAGUUUCGUUUUUUCGUGUACGACGUACGUCGUCUAUAACUUUCAAUUUUUUAUGUUGUGUAGUAAAAGUGUAGUUUCAAGUUCGUUCAGUGAAUUUACUAUUUACCUAGUGUUAGACUCGUAUACCGUAACUAUACUUAGAAUAUAAUACCCAAAAGUUUGGGUUUUCCGUUUUAAGACUUUUAUACAACAAGCAGUUAUUCCGGUCUCGAAUUCUCGAUUAUUACGUUCGCGACGAGUGAGAUAAACAUUUUGUCGACUACUGCUUUUGAAAAUUCAAAAUGGAUUCUAAUAAUCUCAGUUUAAUUACAAACGAGAUUACAAAUGAAUAUGAUGAUGGCGUUGUAUGUUUUGGUCCAGUGACUGAAGAUCAAAUAAAUAGAUAUAAAAGAUUACCACGUCGUACGGUUUUACCUUCAGAUUUUGAAUUAAGCCAAUCUGUUUUUGAGUCAGACGAAGAUAAAAAAGACAAUAAAUCUAUUGUUUUGGAUGUGUCAAAUGAAAACACAACAAUGUGUUAUGAAAAUUCAGUUAAUAUAACCCAGUCAACAAAUAAUUUUGAUGAAGAUAAAGAAGAAAUUGGUACAUUUGAAUUAAAACAAAGCAUUUCUGAAGAUUCUAAUUUAAGAUUUUCUUCGCCGUGUUCCUCAAAAUGUUUACCAACUGCAAAAUUGAUUGACACUGAAGUUAUUAAUAGAUAUAUUAGAAUGGGAUCAAUAUCAUCAAAUGAAUCUUCUUUGUCAGAAAAUCAAAAUAAGUCUACAUUUGAAGAUGAAACCAUUAGCUUUACAGAUCCCCGAGAAUCAGAGUUGAUUCAAAAUAAUUAUGAUUAUAAUGAAACUAAUUCGUGCGAACCCUUAUCAGUGUCAAGUAUAAUUGAACAAAGUCCUAGUAUCAACCAACAAGAUGAUUCUAAUAAUGUAUGUGCUUUAAUACAUUGUAGUCAAGAAGAUGAUACAGAUUUAAGUAUUUGUAGUGAUGUAGAACUUGGUGAUGUCAGUGAAGAUUCAAUUUGCGCCGAUGAAUAUAGUAUUACUCCUGGAAAACAAAGAUUAUUUGAUUUGCGUGUCACUAAACAAUCAUUACGUGCCAAAACUCUUAAAGCGUCUGCUCCGUUUAUGGAUAGAAUUGAAGAAACAACAACUCCUGUAUUACCUAAAGUCGUUGAUUCUCCUUUCAUUUUAAAUGAUAUCAAUAAUGAGCACACAGAAAUAAAAAAUGGAUUAAACGGAUCAUCAAUUACUGAAAUAAGUCAUGAAACAUCUACUGAACACUUAAAUCAAACUUCUAAUGAAAAUGUGUUUGAAAUUACUAAGUUAAUUGAAGAAACUACUGAAGAAUUGUUAAUAUCAAACAAUUUGAAGAAUACUAACUUUUUGAAUGAAUGUGCAGGUACAAAGUUUGAUGAAGUAACAAACAACCAAAGUAUGAAUUCGAAUCAAUCUCUCAAUGAAACUGUUCAUAUCCAAAGUAUUUUAAAUGACACUGAGCCUAAGAUUGACGAUGAAAAGUCAAUGAAUACUAUGUCAAAUAUGGCUAAUCCGACAUGUGAUGUCAAUGAUUAUAAUGAUGAAUACUCAGUGCCAAUGGAAGUUGAUAUUAAAUCAUCUAACACUAGUGUUGUGGAUACAAUAAUUGAUGAAACAAUGUGCACUAACGACCAAAAUAUGAGUUUGAAUAAAUUCUCAAAUGAUACUAAGCAAAAAUUUGAUGAUGAAAAGUCAAUGAAAACUUCUUUCAAUAUGGCUAAUCCAACAUGUGAUGUCAAUGAGUAUAAUGAUGAAGAAUACUCAGUACCCAUGGAAGUUGAUAUUAAAUCAUCUAACACUAGUAUCGUGGAUACAUUAGUUGAUGAACCUAGCAAACUUCCAACAAAUGACCAAAGUAUGAAUUUGAAUAAAACCUUAAAUGACAUGGAGCAAAAGUUUGACGAUGAAAAGUCAAUAUGUAUUAUGUCCAAUGUAACUAUUCCCCAGGGUAUUACAACACCAGAUGUAAAUGAUCAUUGUGAUGAAGGCAACUCAAUUAAUAUGAAUAUAGCUGAUAAAGUAUUUGAUGAAACAAUGUAUUCAAGUAGACUUUCAGCAAACAAUCAAAGUACAGAUUUAAAUAAUACUAAUCAUAUUGAAAGUACAAUAAAUGACCCUGAGCAUAAAUUUAAUGAUGAAAAGUCAAUGAAUACUACAUCUAACAUGGCUAAUUCAAUACUUGAUGUUAAUGAUUAUAAUGAUAAAAAAUACUCAGUCCCCAUAGAAGUUGAUAUUAAAUCAUCUAACACUAGUGUUGUAGAUACAAUAGUUGAUGAAACUAUGUACACUAGCAAACUUCCAACAAACGACCAAAGUACAAAUUUAAAUAAAUCCUUAAAUGACACCAAGCAACAAUUUGAUGAUGAAAAUUCAGUAUGUAUUGUGUCCAAUGUAACAGUUUCCCAGGAUAUUUCAACAUCAUGUGUGAAUGAUCAUUAUGUUGAAGGUAACACAAUUAAUAUGAGUAGAGAAGAUAAAGUAUUUGAUGAAGCAGUAUACGCAAAUAGACAUUCAGCAAUCAAUCAAAGUACGGAUUUAAAUAAUACUAAUCAUAUUGAAAGUACAAUAAAUGACCCUGAGCAUAAAUUUAAUGAUGAAAAGUCAAUGAAUACUACAUCUAACAUGGCUAAUUCAACACCUGAUGUCAAUGAUUAUAAUGAUGAAGAAUACUCAGUUCCCAUAGUAGAAGUUGAUAUUAAAUCACCUAAUACUAGUGUUGUUGAUACAAUAGUUGAUGAAACUAUGUACACUAGCAAACUUCCAACAAAUGACCAAAGUAUGAGUUUGAAUAAAUCCUUAAAUGAUACUAAGCAAAAAAUAGAUGAUGAAAAGUCAAUGAAUAUUAUGUCAAAUAUAGCUAAUCCAACAUAUGAUGUCAAUGAUUAUAAUGAUGAAGAAGAUUCAGUACCCAUGGGAGUUAAUAUUAAUUCAUCUAACACUAGUGUUGUUGAUAAAAAAAUUGAUGAAACAAUGUACACAAAUAGAUUUUCUGCAAACAACCAAAGCAUGGAUUUGAAUAAAUCCUUAAAUAGAACUAAUUGUAUUGAAAGUAUUUUAAAUGACACUGAGCAUAAGUUUGAUAAUGAAGAAGAAUAUUCAGUUCCCAUGGAAGUUGAUAUUAAAUCAUCUAACACUAGUAUUGUGGAUACAUUAGUUGAUGAACCUAGCAAACUUCCAACAAACGACCAAAGUACAAAUUUAUUUAAAUCCUUAAAUGACACCAAGCAACAAUUUGAUGAUGAAAAGUCAAUAUGUAUUAUGUCCAAUGUAACUAUUUCCCAAGCCAUGUUGGCAUCAGAUGUACAUGAUCAUUAUGAUGAAGGUAACUCAAUCAAUAUGAAUAUAGCUGAUAAAGUAUUUGAUGAAACAAUAUACACAAAUAAACUUUCAGCAAACAAUAAAAGUAUGGAUUUAAAUAAAUCUUUAAAUAAAACUAAUCAUAUUGAAAGUAUUUUAAAUGACACUGAGCAUAAGUUUGAUAAUGAAAAGUCAAUGGAUUUUAUAUCCAAUAUGGAUAAUCCAACACCUGAUGUCAAUGAUUUUAAAGAUGAAGCAUACUCAGUCCCCGUGGUAGUUGAUAUUAAAUCAUCGAACACUAGUGUUGUGGAUACAAAAAUUGAUGAAACAAUUUGCACAAGCAAACUUCCAAUAAACAACUCGGGUGUAGAUUUUAAGGAAUCCUUAAAUGAUACUAUUAGUACUUCAAAUGAUACUGAACACCUGCUUAUGAACAAUAUCCAAAAUACUACUGUUCCAGCAAUACAUUUAGAAGAAAAAUUGCAUUCAAGUAAGCUGAAUAAGAGUGUGUUAAAAAACUCAACCAUUUCUAAUAGUUCUUUUGUAGAAAGUAAUGAAGUUAAUAUAACUUGCAACACAACAUUAGAAGACCCUUCUUGUAUGAUGCGACAAUAUUUAGAUUUUGAACAAGCUGUAAAUGAAAUAUGUGAAGAUAUUACAUCAUCAAGUUGUCCAAGUAGAAAAUUAAAUGUGCCAAAAGCUAGUUAUGAUGAUGAAACACUUGAACGUUUAAUUGAACAAACACUUUCUUCUGAUACAUUUGAUUCAACAAAAAUGAAUGAAAAUGUCUCUAAUUAUGAUGGAUCAAAUUUGUCGGUUAUUAUUGAAAAUACAUCAUUAGAAACUUCUAGUAAUAACUUAGAGCAAAAUGAAGAAAUUUUAAAUCCCAAUACUGAUGUACCUAUUAUUUCAGAAUCUGAAAGUAUUGUUAAUGAAAUCGAAAAUAAUGAAUUGUUGAAUACAUCAGCAGUUCUAAAUACAGUAGAAUCAACUGUUGCUCCAAAAUCUGAAAUGGAUUUAUUGAAUGAGAAAGAUACCCAAAUCGAAAUAAAAGCAAAUGAAAGUAUUUCAAUGAACUGUACUAUCACAGAUUCAGGAUUAGUUGAAAAUAUAAAUGAAACAAAAAAUAAUGAAAGUUCAGUGAAUAGUGACAAAUUAUCUGAAAUGGAUACAAUUAACAAAAUGGAUGAACAGUUUGAUAGUAUCACUACAAAACAAUUACUUGUUCCAGAAAAUAUCAAUGAAAAAAUGCAUCCAAACCAAAUUAAUGCAACUGAUAUUCCUAACUUUGCGGCUUUUAAACUUAUUCCAGAAACAGAAAAAACUGAUAAAAACUUCUUUGAUCAAGAUGAUAUUCUUAAUAAUGAUAACCCACCAGAUUCAUUGGCUAUCACAAAAAGUAAUAAUAACAGCUUAGAAGAAUUUACAAAUUUAGAACAGAUGUUUAAUUUUGGAGACAAUCAAAAAGAAAAACAAGUGGAAUCUAAGACUCCUAAAACACAAAAACUGUUGGAUUUUAGUAUUAUUCAACAAACGCCUACAUUUGACAACCAAACAAAAAAACAAAAGCUAUUAAAUUUCAGUAUUGUUGAUCAAACUCCAUUAAAAAGUGCCCAACAAACAAACCCAAAUGAAAAUAUUAUCAAUAGUGACAGCUUAAUAAAUUUUAGUUCAAUUGAUCAAAUGUGGAAUUCAGAAAUAGCGCCAAAAGAUGAAAUUAAUUUUAGAGAUUUUCAAAACUCUUCAUCGAACAAUUUAUCAACAAUUUCAUCUCCCGAUGUAGAAUUAUUAGCCGAUGAGUCGAUUAAAAUAAACACAUCACAGUUCAGUAACUCAUCUUUUAAUCAAACAAUAACUGAUUCAAAUUUAAACCUGUCAACAUAUUCUUGUACAAGUAAUAAGACUCAAAAUAAUAUAACAGAAUUAAACAAUGUAGAACCAUUGGUAUUGAUCAAUAAACAAAGUUUAGUUGACAGUCUUUCUAAUUCUUUAAAUGAAACAAUUAAACAAGAUGAAUCGGAAGAGAAAAAAAUACUUAAUAAACACUGUAUGUUAGACGAAUCUACUAAAGAAGUAAAAUUGUUAUCAAACAUUACAUUAAACAAAACCAUAGAUUCUGCAGAGGUUACAGGAGAUUCUAACCAUAAACUGUGUACUAACUCAAAUAAAGAUACCAUUGUCGAUUUCAGCAUCAUUGAUCAAGGACUACUGGAAAAUGUUGAUUUAAAAAACAAUACUGAUGUAAUGUCUGUAGAUUCUGAUAGAAAUCUUUCUAAUCUAAUUGAAAUGUCUGUAUCAAUACCUGUUAAUAAAUCUGAUGAAAAACCCGUUAUUUUAUCAGAAAAUCCAAUAGAAGUCAAAACUUCUGAUAAUGGAUCUAAAACAUCAAUAGAUAGUAGUUCAAAUGAAAUUAACAGCACAACUCUACAAUUUGAAGAAUCCACAUUUUUGCACAAUAAUACUGAAUUAUUGACUGAUAUACAGAUGGAUGAUGAAUCGCUUCUUACAGAAACACCAGAAAAAAGUUCAAUUAUUGAUUCUUUUCAUAGUAUUGAAUUAGAUCAUGUACAGGAAGAUAAUAAGAGAAAAAUUGAUACUAUUCAAGAAUACGACAACAGUGAAAAGAAAAUGAAAGUAGAAACUGAGACAUUGAAGACACCAAUGUCAAUGCUCUAUAAAAUUAAAAACAUGUUCAGGAGCAGCGAAAAACAGCUAUCGUGUGUAAAUAAUACAAAAGAAAACAAUUUAAAAUCGGGCAAAUGCUAUCAAAAAUUGAACUUUGGAAAAUUUGAAGAAAAUAAUGAUAAUUUUACUAAACCUACAUCUUUAAAAAAAUCAGAAAUUCCUACAAAAAGUAAAAUACCUUGUAAAGUCACUGAAAGAUCAUCAAAAAAUGAUGAGUUUAAUAAUUCAUCACUAUCAUCUCUUAAUGAUAGUAUUAAACCAAAAAAAACCAUACCAAAGUUCUCAGGGGUUCCUGUAUUAUCUGAUGUAUCCAAUUCAUCUAACAGAAAAUGUACAGAAAGUCGCAUACCAUCCAAAUUUCAAAAAUAAUAUCCAUCCCAACAUAUUUAUAAUUAUUGUUUAGUUUUAAUUUUAGUUUGCGUUAUUUUUUAGAAAAUUAAGACAAAUAUUUUGGCAAAAAAAUGUGUUUUUUUAAGUAUAAAAAUUAUUAAAAUGUCAACAAGAAUUAAAAGUUUUAUCAUUUUUUGUAUUUUUAUUUUUACAAGUAUCUUUAUAUUAGUUAAUUUAAAUUUAAAAUUGAUUCAUAAUGUGUGUUUUUACUUUUUAUAAAUGUUAAUAAUACCUAUAUUUAUAAUAAGAAAUAUUUAUUAAUAUACUUAAAAUUUAUUUAUUUA